UGUAAGUGGGAAAGUUUUUGUAAAAGUUUCACCAAAUCUAUGUAACGGAACAAGUGGGAGUUGAGAUUGGAAGGUCAGGCGGUCCUGCUUUGGCACACCCACGCGGGCGCGGGGCUUAAACAGGGCCCCCUUGAAACUUCUCUUUUUUUUAGUUUACUUUCCGCUCUCUUCUCACGCAACAAACGCAACACACACAGAGGCCAGAGUCUCUGUACUCUCUACUACUACUACUGCUGCUUCCGAUCCCUCAUGCAACUCCUUUAGAGAGACCCAGAAAAAAAGAGAGCUCCUCUUGACACUGAGAUUCAGUGUCUUUUGAUUCUCUCUGCUCAAAAAAGAUUUUCUCUGAUAAAAGCAGAGGAGAGAGAAACAGAGGAUUUAUGUCGUCUGGAUUUGAUCUGUUGACUGGAGCUCCAAAGAAGCUCUGGGUGUCCCUCUGGAUCACUCUCUGCCUCUUCUUCACUUUUUGCAGCCAAUCUUGGUCCCUUCAGAAGUGCCAGAAACAGACUUUUUUUAUUAUUUCUACAAUAUUAAGAUCAAAACGCGAUUGUUCUAGGGUAGAUUGCUUUGAGGAUUGUCUGAGAAAAGAUUUAUCAUUUUCAAUUUUGGGUUUCAGGGAUUUGGGUUUUUCUUGAUACUCGAGCUUGUCAAAGAUUUGAUUUCCUUUCCCUUUUUUUUGCCCUUUUCCUUUCUUUUUUGGGUUAAUUUCCUUCUUUGAAUAAGGGGUUCUCUCUAUAAAUUUCAUAUUCAUACAAUGCCAGGCCUUAAAAGGCCAAUUUUGAAUCAAAAUUUGAGUUUUGACAAAGAAGAGAAUAAGAAGAAACCAGGCAUGGAAAACAAUUCGUUGUCCACAAAGAAAGUUCGCAUAAUCUGCGAUGAUCCUGAGGCCACAGACUCCUCCAGCGAUGAAGAUGAAGGACACAUUGACAGACGAAACCGAUUGAUGGGUUCUAAGCGUUUUGUGAGAGAGAUUAACAUCUUACUUCCUCCAAAUGAAUCAAGUGCUGAUAAGUCUUCACAAGAAAAUAAUAGCAGUCGAGGCAAAAUCAGAAGUAAUUCUAAGCUCCAUGACAACAAGAGGAAAACUCGAAUUUUGUCCUCUAUCUACAAAGGCGUACGGCGAAGACCGUGGGGGAAGUAUUCAGCUGAGAUUAGAGAUCCAUUUCGAAAGGUGCGAUUGUGGCUUGGCACUUACACUAGUGCUGAGGAGGCUGCUGCUGCGUAUAGGAAGAAGAAAGAGGAGUUUGAGAGGAUGACGGAAGCAGGAAAAUUUAAGAAAUUGUCAAUUGCUUCGAAAGUUGAAUCCGAAGAAUCAAGUGAAGCAAGAAAAUUUAAGAAAUUGUCAAUUGUUUCGAAAGUUGAAUCCGAAGGAUCAAUUGGUUUGUUUUCUUAUCCAUCACCAUCUUCUGUUCUUGAUGUGUCUACAACAACCUCACUCAGUCAUGGAGUUGAAGGUUCAAUCAAAGAAGAGAAAAUUGAGGAGAAGGCAGAGAAGGAAUUCACUGUGGGGAAAAUGGUGGAAGAAAGGCAAUCAAUUUCUGAUUUAUGGGAAGAGUCUUCACUCUCUCCCUCUAUUAGUCAAGAGCUGCUGAGUGGUGAUUACUACUCAGAUUUUGGUAAGUUUUUUGACAGUGUCAAUGAUGCAGAAGAUUUUUCAAUGGAGGUGAUGGAUCUUCCAAUGGAUGGGGUGAUGGAUCUUCCCAACAUUGAGCUUGAGACUCUUGCUUUUGUUGAGGAAUCUCUCAAUUUCAUAUACCCAUAAGUUUUGCAGUUAGGAAUUAUAGGUGGUUUUGGUCUUAUUUUACUAUACAUCGGUGAAGAGAUAUAUUGGAGUUGUCUUUAUUUUGUGUUUGUUAGGGGGGAAAAGAGACUUCUUGGGGGUAAUUUUUAGUAGUUUCUGUGGGAUUUUCAUAGCCAUCCAAGAUUUUUGCAUACUCUAUAAUUCCAAGUCUAUGAGUAAUUUAUUACAUGGAACUAUGUUAGCUUUGUCUUAUCUAUAAUAGAAGACUUUUUUUUUUCU